AUGUUGGCUUUAGUGGAUAUGAAUCAAACAGAUAUUGUGAGAUACAUAGCCAAGAUGCAAGACUUGUUACGAGAGGGAAGUAAGGGUUUUGAUAUUGCUAGUACUGAAAAGAUGUGUUUGGGAAAUACUUCCACAUCGAAGCAAUGCAUUAAAGUAGAGAUGAUGCAGCAACAGGCUCAGACUAGUAGAGCAGCUGAAGAGUUAGUCAGGAAUAUAUCACAACCAUAUCGGAUAAGUUUACCAGUAGCAGAAACCACUCUGCCUGAGUUAGAGGAGAUGGUUUCCCCUAAUCGAUUUAGUGGUUUGAUGGGUAGCCAACAGGGCAGUAUGGAUGAUGUGUUAGGGAAUGGAAGUAAUUUGUUGGCUUUGGUGGAUACGGAAACAGAUAGAGUGAGGUACAAAGUUCAGAUGCAAAAUUCGUUAGGGGAGGGAAGUAAGGGUACUUAG